GCUGUGAUGCCGCGCUGGCGUCCACAUUGCCACGAGAGUCCUUCAGCUGCUCGUCGCAGCUGUCCAGGAGCCACGGCCCGGGGUUCGCAAGUCUUAAUCGCAGAGAUGAGUUUUCCAGGAAACACAAAUGCGGACAGCGUGGUGCAUUACCAACUGCAGCCUCCCUUCGAAGCCAGGUUCCUGCACUUCCUCCCCUUAUCCUGGAGCCCCAAAGGCAGGAUUGGGAUGAGGAUAGAAGUGUAUGGAUGCACAUACCGAUCCGAGAUGGUUAACUUUGAUGGGAAAAGCUUCUUGCUAUACACGUUUAAUCAGAAAUCAAUGAGUCCAGCAAAAGAUGUUAUUUCUUUGAAAUUUAAAACCAGGCUGACUGAUGGGAUUCUACUCCACCGAGAAGGACAAAACGGCAAACAUGUCACCCUGCAGUUAGUUAGAGGAAAGCUCAUCUUAUUGCUUAAUUCAGGCCAUGCUAACCUGCCCUCCUCUGAUGCCCAUGCGACCCUCACCCUGGGAAGCCUGCUGGAUGACGAUCACUGGCAUUCUGUCCUUAUCGAGCUCGGAAACACCCAUGUCCGCUUCACCAUGGACAGGCACAGUCAGCAUUUCCAGGCCGAGGGCAAGUGCGACUACUUGGAUCUUUAUUAUAAGAUCAGCUUUGGGGGGAUCCCUGGACACGGAAAAUCAGUGGCAUUCCCACAAAAAGACUUUCAUGGUUGCUUUGAAAAUCUCUACUAUAAUGGAGUGGAUCUCAUUGAUUUGUUCAAGAAACACACACCGCAGAUCCUCGUCAUGGGAAAUGUGUCCUUCUCAUGCUCACACCCACAAAUUGUGCCCGUGACUUUUCUGAGCUCCAGGAGUUACUUGGCUCUGCCGGGCACCAUCGGAGAGGACAAGGUGUCGGUCGAUUUCCAAUUCCGAACGUGGAACAGGGCAGGGCUGCUGCUGACCACUCAAUUCCCACACGGGCCAGUGGCUCUCGUCCUCAUUCUUAAUGAUGGAAAACUCGGGCUGAGUCUCUCCCAGCCGGAACACCCGGCGAGGGACAUCACAACAGGUGCCAGAUUAAGUGAUGGGCAGUGGCAUUCAGUGUCCUUCUCGUUGAAAGAAAAUCACCUGAGCAUGAUGGUGGAUGGUGAGGCAGCCUCUGUGUCUCAUUCCCUGCGAGGGCAGAUUGAUUCAGGGGACACCUAUUAUUUGGGCGAGUCUUCUCUCAUAUUUGAGCAUCGGGCAUGUUCCAAAUGUGCAAUGCACAGCUGCAUGAGAACAGGUACUUUCCAUAAUACUUACACGUUGAUUUGAUAUGAAGUCACUAUGUAAUUCAUGUAUGUAUUUUAAAAUACUACUCAUGUUUCUUGAAAGAGUGUUUGUUGGCUAACCCCCUAAUGUACACAAUUAAACACUACAAUGCUUUUAGUGUCUCCCUCGCUCCUCUAAAUUUGUACUCCCCCAGUUAAGUAUUGCCCAGUCCCCCUUUUUACUAAUCUUUGUAUUGCCUUUUUAUGUUUUAAUCAAUGUGUAGCACCAUGUCAGUUUCAGAUGUAAGCAUAAGACUCAGCGUUUGUAUACAUUAGGAAAUAAUCCCACAAUAACUAGAUAAUAUCCACCACCAUACUUAGUUAUAAUUUUUCUUGUCAUGAAAAUUUUAAGGUCUAUUUUCUUAUUAUUAACUGUAAUAACCAUGCAGUAUGUUGCAUCCCUAUGACUUACUUAUUUUACAACUGAAAAGUUUUUAAUGUAUUGCUUUUCUUUAGAAGCUAUAUCCAUGUAGGUGACUUCACACAGUAGUUUUUGUGUUCCCUGGAUUUUCAGUUUACAAAUAGGGCACUACCAUGUGCCUUCUUCUGGGUUCUUUUUAUUGUUAUUGCUGUCACUGUUGUUCUAGAUUAGUUUUGGAGAUCCAGCCCUGUGAAUAUUUAUAGGUAAAGUUAAUUAAUUUUUACUGCCAUUUGGUUUUGAUGUGUAUGAUACCAUGUUUCACUUAUUAAAUCUGCCAUCCCAUUUUACUGUUGAGCAACAACUUGAUGGUGACCAUUUUUUUGCUAUUACAAAAGAUGUGAUAAAUAUACUACAGCUGGCAAGAAUCAUCUUGCCAGUGAAUUUAAAAUUUUCCUUAUGUACAAACUAUCAAUCCUUCCUAAUAUGCAUAGUCAAUUUAAUGAAACAGCCUUUGGUCUAUGAAAGAGCCUUAGAGAUUUGGAGGCAAUGUGUCGAAAAAAAAAAAAAGCACAAUAGGCUUUUCUUACGUGUUUUCAUAAAUUUGUGUUGAUGUG